GAGCAGCAGGUGAAGCAUCAGAUGAUGAGCGGCUCAUCAGGCAGGUGUGGUCGGUUCAGGACCCGAGUCAGAGUCGGUUCAGACCAGGACCAGAGGCGGACCAGGACCAGACCGGGACCAGGAGCAGCCGGGACGCUCUCCCACCGGAGCCCACACCCAGCGGCCCUCAGCCGGACACAGCGGAGCAGGAGCAGCGGGCUCACGGCCUGACUGACCGCGUGUCUUUACAACCUGGACUGAAGAAGUCCUCUUCCUGUGACGAAACGUUUGACCGAAGGACCAGAGGAGCUGAAGUGAAAUCAAGGGACGGACCCGGAGGGACCUCAGCAGACGCAACCGCCAGCGAGCUGCCUGUGAAAAGAGGAACAUCCUCGUUUCUCACUUCUGUUAAAUAAGGGAUGGAGCCGUGCAGGAGCUCAGGGGAAUAACUGGGUUGACAAUCAGUUGUCAAGUCGCUGGUACAUUUAACUGUCAGAGCUCCAACCACAAGAUGCCACAUCCCUCCGCCCCGGAGCCUCAGACGAGCGACUCAGCGCUGAGACCUCUGUGAAGACACCGUGUUCACUGUGGGAUCGAAAGAAGGAGGGAGCCUCUGACAGAACUGUGGAUUUCAAAAUCGAUGAGUCGCCAAGAGCUGGAAAUCCCCCCCCAGAGGAGUUUCAUCGGGUGGAACUGGAACUAAGGUGGAACCACCCGGCCGCUCUUAACCAUUGAGCAUGAAUCACGAAUGCAGAGGUCUUAAGAAAUGCUCCAUGUUCUGCCGGCUGCUGCGGUUUCACUCUGAACGUUUACACUGAAACUCAAAGGAUAAACCGAAAACUCUAAACGUGCAGAAAUUCAACUGGAAAUGUUCUGGUGUUGGCGCCGUGGGAACACUGCUGAUGAGUUCUGGACAAACGCCCGUGCUGCUCUGAGCUCGUAGCGUCGGGAGGUGGAGCAAAGGAACGACAGCGGCGAGCGCAGCAUCAUCGCCUCCUCCUAUGAAACUGAUUUUACUUGGAAAUUCAGAACGAGGCCUCGAGAUGGCGGGAAAAGACUACAAUCAUCUCUUUAAACUGCUCAUCAUCGGAGACUCCAAUGUGGGGAAGAGCAGCCUCCUGCUCCGCUUCGCAGACAACUCCUUCUCUGGCAGCUACAUCACCACCAUCGGCGUGGACUUCAAGAUUCGAACCGUGGACAUUGAGGGAGAGCGGGUGAAGCUGCAGAUCUGGGACACAGCGGGUCAGGAGAGAUUCCGAACCAUCACGUCAACAUACUACAGAAACACCCACGGUGUCAUUAUUGUUUACGAUGUGACGAAUCCAGAGUCAUUUGUAAAUGUGAAGAGGUGGUUGAACGAAAUCUCCCAGAACUGUGACAACGUCUGCAAGAUCCUGGUGGGGAACAAGAGCGACGACCCUGCCCGGAGGCAGGUGGAUACCCAGGAUGCAAUGUGUUUCGGGGAGUCGGUGGGUGUUCGGGUCUUUGAGACGAGUGCCAAAGAAAACAUAAACGUAGAGGAGAUGUUCAUGGCCUUCACCCACAUGGUGCUCCGAGCCAAGAAGCAGAGUCAGAACCGAGCCGAGCGGGAGCGAGAGCGGGAGAAGGGCACGGUCAACAUCAACGCCCAGAGGGACCGGGACCGCCGGAAGAGAGGCAAGAAAUGCUGCUGAGACGCAGACGGACGCCAAAGCCACUCGACACUCAUCGCUUAACGAAGAAAACGGUGCCUUGGAGAUGAGUGUUUCAUCUGCAGAUAUGAAUGUGAGAAACUGUGGUUCGCUCCUUACUACGCCAAGUUUCAACACAACAGUCGGGUCACACUGCUUAACUGCUGUUGUUCCAGUCACUGAGGGAUUCAGGCCCAGUCCACACUUUACAUUUUAGUUUUAAAAUGCAUCACUGUUGCUACGGUUACGCCUGCAGUUGUCGAGCGCCUGAAACAGAAGUUUGUAAACGCUGCCGGUCUCGUUUUAGUUUCAGUCUGAACAGAAACUGAGACUUUAGUAAACGACAACGCAGACGUUCUCUUCCUGAUUGGUUCUCAUCAGUCACAUGACUCGACUCGUCGCUCAGAGAAAAGAAAUCCCUGCUCGGACUCUUCCCCAUCACUUCUGUUACUAAGCAACCAACUGCAGAGACAAUCUACUUCCUGUUUACAUCACAUGUGACCAGUGUAUGUGAACAGUCAUGUGACGUGUGUUUGUUUUCAGUUUAAAACUAAGACGUAUCCGUGUGGACGGAGCCUGGAUCCGUCAUCACUGACUUCCUGAAGCAGUCGGGAGGUGACGAGUGAACGGACCGUUCUGAUGUUAUUUAGAUGGAAGCAGGUUGUAGUGUUUCAGAGUUUCAUGUUGAGACGAGGCCUGAGGACGGAGGAGCUCAGACAUCUGCACUUAAAGUUUAUUAUUACUUUCCAUUAAUGUGGUGAUUGGUUUCUUGAUUAAUCGUAUAUUUUUCAGUGUAUAAAAUGAAAAGAGCUGUUUACAGAUUCCUAACUUCCCGUCUUUAACGUGCUUGAUAUGUCGGACGGUUCCAACCUAGAGUCUGUUUAAAUAUUGGAGAAAGGAAAAACUGAAAAUCUUCGAAGUAUUUGUUGGGAAAAUGACUGAGCUUUGAGUUUUAUCUUGGACAUGAAAUCUGACUCAAAGCAUCAGAGUGAUGAUCUUUCUGUUGUGAAACCACUCGUGAGUCAGUCGCAGCUCCACAAAUAUCUGAUUAAAACAAGACUGAACAGGAACAUGAAGACUUGUUCGUACAUCAGUACCUAAAAUGUCCCAUCUACUAACAUGGAGGAGGCAGGGUUACUUCCUCUCAUCCAGAGUGAAACAAACUUAAAUAAAAAAACACUACAAUCUGCUUUUAAAUAGAACUGAGAUAUAAACUAACUGUAAUAAAAUCACUGUUCUGGUCCUUUAACGUUGCUCUAGUGAACCACUGAGUUUUGCCUUUUUGUUCUUCUAACCAGUGUUUUACCACUGAAAGGGAACCGGUUGUAGUCGUUACUAAAUCGUAAACGUCACACACUAACAGUUGUGUUCAGUCUCAAUGUACGUUUGCCUUGUUUCAGUUAAAUAACGCCAGUAAACUCCGACUAGACGACAAAAUGUUCCAGUUGUUUGUUGUUUUUAAUGUAAAUCUGUCGCCGAGCAAACGUGUCCAAAUCCAAAUAAAGCAAUAAAUCCAGA